UGUUAGACGCAAGCGCUUCACGCGGUAGAGAAAAAACGGGAAUAAUUUUUCAUAACAUUUUCUUAUACUGUGUUGUGUUUUUGUUGGUUUUAUUAAAUUAUGCUAAGGUCGUAAAACAAUUGAGGCGAUGGUCAGCGAAGUGACGUAGAUUUUAUUCCUAUGACAAUUAUAUAGACUAGUUGUUUAUUAGUAAAUGGACUGUAGUGUACAAUGGACAAAUAGAUCGUCAAAGUGAAUGUUGUGAAAAUGAAACGAUUCAGACGCUGGGCCCAGAAGCGGUUUUGGGUGGUAAUAAUGAUCCAAUUCGCGAUGUUCACAACAGCAUCGAAUCUUAACGGAACGAUCAAAGCAAAGGUGCAUCCAGAAAGACCAGAUGUAGGUCUUUACGCCUGGAGCUCCUGGGGUUCUUGGAGUCCGUGUUCCAGGUCCUGUGGUGGUGGUGUAUCAUAUCAGGAGAGGCAGUGUUUACCUAGAUCUCGUAACUUAUUAAAUACAACACUAGCACCACCUGUAAUAACAGUGAGAGUGACGCGACAAGUGCCGACAGGGCAGGACUGCGCAGGAGUUGAUAGACGCUACCAUGAGUGUAAUACUCACGCAUGUCGCGAUGGAAGUCGAGAUUCUCGUGCUGAACAAUGUUCCACAUACGACAGAAGACCGUUUCGAGGGAGAUAUUAUACAUGGGUGCCUUAUAUUGAUGGUGACGCGCCCUGUAUGCUGAACUGCCGUCCUUUGGGUCAUCAUUUCUAUGCAUCAUUAUCUCUCGUAGCUGAUGGGACUCCUUGCACAUUGCAGGGGUACAGAGCGAUAUGCGUCCAGGGAACAUGUAAAGCGGUCGGGCGAGAAUCAGUUCUUUCAAUAGCGAGUACUCGCGAGGUGAGAUGCGGGCGACGCCUAGUGUCAGGCCUCUUCGCACGUCCGAGGCUUCCUUUGGGCUACUCCUACAUCACGACAGUCCCGCAGGGCGCCUGUCGGCUCAACGUCUCGGAAAUACUGCCCAGCGAUAAUUAUAUAGCUUUAAAGAUAACAAAUGGAUCGUAUAUAAUAAACGGUGAGUUUGCCGUUAGUGCCCCCGGAGUAUACGAAGCAGCCGGCGCAAGAUUCACUUAUACUCGCAAAUCUGGUUUGGAUUCCGUGUUUGCAUCUGGGCCUAUACAUUUUCCUAUUGAUAUAAUGAUUCUCUACACCGAACCGAACCCGAGUAUAAAAUACGAGUACUUCACAGACGCAAUGCCUGGAGAAGUUGACAUAGAAUCCAUAACGAAGGAGACAGAAUCUCCUCCUAAACAUAUUAGGCGUCACCAUGGUUUUGAUCACUCUUAUAACGUACCAAGACACCCUGACAAUGAGAAUUCAAUCGAAAAUGUUGUCGGAACUCGAAAAUUCCUUUGGAAAAUAUUGUCAUAUACCCAAUGUUCUCGAAGCUGUGGAGGUGGCUUUCAGGUGGGUAAGUACCGAUGCGUCGAAUCCAGCAGUACAGGUGAUCGGGAAGUUUCUCCAGCACACUGCGUGGGUGCAGCCCCUGGUGGGAAAAGAAGACGCUGUGGGAACUCUCCAUGUCCGCCAAGAUGGAGGGCAGCCGCCUGGUCUCCGUGUCCUCAAUGUGGACCGUCAUCUAGAAGUAGGAUUGUUGGUUGUGUUCAAGAUCACUCCAAGGGAAUUACUAAGAUAAGUGACGUAAAAUGUCCAGCGCCAAAACCAGCUGUAACUGAGAAAUGCAAUAUCCCAGAUUGUAAUUCAGAAGUUACUAAACCUUCGAGGAAGCAAGUGGAUGCCUUUCGAGAGGGACCCGUUUAUACAAUCGAAGUAGAUUCUGAUUUAAAUGUAGGACCCGAAUAUAACCUUGGUACUGGCUCGUGGUUAUACACCAACUGGUCUGAGUGUGUUGGUUGGUGCGUGGGCGGAGGUAUACAGACUCGAGCGGUACGAUGCGCUGAUCCAUCUGGGUGUGCUCCGAAGUCACCGCCAGAAUACACCCGCACUUGUUCUCCGAAAGUUUCUUGCGAAGCACAUGCAGGCCAUUGGUUCACAGGGGACUGGUCCGCCUGUACCUCUUCAUGCGAGGGAAAGGAAGUCAGGGGCGUACUAUGUAUCGGUGGUACAGGGAGACAUUUGAAAGAAUCUGCAUGUAAGGCUCCAAAACCGGAGAGCGAACGCACUUGUGGUCAGGACUGUACUGCGGAUUGGUUUACCAGUGACUGGGGACAGUGCAUAGGAAACUGUACACUCGGUAUAGGCGUACAACAUAGAACAGUCGUAUGCGCACGCGGCGACAACGCCAAUGAAACGAUGUGCAAAUCAAAGAGACCUCACGCCACACAGCCAUGUACUCCGCGUUGUAUUGACUCUAACAAAUUUAUUCAAUCACAAGUACAGGAAACUACACAGAAACCUGCACACAAACCACCAACAACAGCAGUACCAGAAGAGAAGGAUUGUGAGGACAAGUUGACAAAUUGUGCUUUAGCUGUACAAGCACGACUCUGUCAUUACAAGUAUUACAUACAGAAUUGUUGCAACUCUUGUAGGACGUAAUCUCAUUUAUAUUCUGCGAAAGACAACAGAGUUGUUCUAUUUACGCGAUUAUCCAAAUACGAUGUGUAUUCAUAUGUAUGUUGAAGAUAUCGUUGUUUAGAUUCGAUAAUGGUCUUGAUAUUAUGUUAAGCGCUUCUGCAAGGAAAACAACCAUGUCAAGAAACACAUUUUAAUCCACAUUUUUCUGACGACCAUAACGUAAUGGACCAUCAAACGAAGUUCACAUUGUAUGUCACGUUAUUUAAAAAAAUGUAUGGCUGGAAAAACAACUGCGGAAAUAGCGAUGGCAAUACUAGCUACUGUCACUGUAACGACAUUUAACAAAGUAAUGUUAUGGGAUAUUCCAGAUUUAAUAUUUGUUUCUUUUUUAUAUAAUGUGAAGCGCCUCAAACUCCAAUACCUUUGACAUAAUUUUGAAUUGAUGUUCAACAAAUCAAUUUUAUUUACACAAACGUAUAUUAUGUUCUUAAAACAUUGAAUUGAGGUCUAUGUAGGUGCUAGUAGCUCAGUGUUUUAUUUAAAAGUGAUUGUGCGAUUAGGCAUACUGCAUCCAGAAUUUUUGAUAUCUGUACCAAGAAA